AUGUCUGAACUUUUCCCCAAACAUAUAGAAGAUGUACAGACAUUUACAUCCUCACAUAUCGCUCUUCCAUACAUCGAUUUUCCUUCCCAAAGUCCUGCUCAACAACAACAUGUCACACGUUCUCAACCCCAGGACUACCAACCGCAAUUCUCAGCUUCUCCUGGUCCGUCAAAGUCAGAACCUUCAACUCGGACCGCGAGAUCAUCAUCAAUCAUCAUAGGUCUUGACCAAGGAAUUUAUAGAUCCCCCUUUAAAUCCUCCCAAAACCAAAACAACCAAGACCUCUUCUAUGCAAGCCAGAAAGAUGAUAGUAGGUUCAGUCGACACCACCCCUCAAGCAAAGGAUACAUCCGACAAAGAGCCAACUCAUUAGACCGAAGCUCCGUACCAACCGAUCCCCAAGGUGCCAAGCUCUGGGACGAACGAAUCAACACCGGUGAACAAACCUUCACACCCACGAAUAGAACUCCCACCUACCAAGAAUUCCGCCGAACAACCCAAUCUGUGGAUUCUCCCCGUUCAGAUCAAUUCCCACUACCCUCAUCUGCACUUUCGCAAUUCGAAAAUAUUCCAGCUCAUCUUCGACCCGCUCGCAAAUCAGACUUGAGAUUUCAUCCUAAAUUGGUGCAGGAAAUAUAUGAAGAGAGGUGGAAAAUUACUGCGGGAUAUGAGGAUUUGCAGGCGUAUUUUAGUGUUCCGAAACAAGGUCCUUAUAAACAUUUAAAUUGGGAGGAAUGGGUUGAACUUUACGAAUAUUUGGAAGAGAGGAAUCGGAAGGUGACAGAGAGGGAGAUUGUGUUUGAUUUGAAGGCAAUUUAG